CCUCGCACCAUGUGGCACGAUGGAUCUCAGAUCCACUUAAUCCCACCCUCGUCCCUUUUUCGGCGAUAACCACGAAGAAUAAAUAUGAAUAUUAAAGAAAUUCAUGCCAAGCACUAUAAGUGGCUCAUCGGUUCAAUCACCGAAAAGAAGUAAUGAUUUGUUCAUAGAGAGUGUAAGAAUUGGGUUUACAUGUUAAUCGCUAAGCGCGUCUGGAUUGUGAAGAAGUUGAGUUGUGAAAUCCAACUAAGGGGUAGCUUCAAUAGGUAGUGUUUCGAAACCAUGCGAUGGCUGGCCCUGCGAAAGGAAGCUUUUCACCAAAUCGGCUGAUCAUGGGCUGAGCGACGACGACUUCGAGGAAAGCCAAAGAGUCAAGGGUACACGUAUACAUAUCACAGCACCUCCAGUCUAUCGCACUAUUCAUAUUUACCUAUAAUACCAUAUCGACAAUAUCAUCAUCAUCAUCACUGUUAUCGUCGCUAUCGUCAGAAACCAUGCCCGCCAUCGAUACUGAACUUAUAGCCCGAGAGCUACCACGGCUUAUUGGCCGCGAGGUGAAUAACAUGGGUGUCAUAUUAAAAAGAGACGUAGACCACCGAGCGUUAGAGACGUUCGCUGUUGCCUUUACGUGUAUCUUCGGCGUCGGCGGUUGGAUAUUAUGGAUGAUCAGACAAAAGUAGUCAGUAGGAUAUGGUUGUACAAUACGAAGGGUGCUAUGAUAUAUGGAGUCGUCUUAUUUCUGCUUAAACAACGGCGUUUGGGGAUUAGGGAAGGGUGUGUUUGGCAAUAUAUAAGAUACAGAGUGUGGUGUUAAGGAAGAUAGAUAAUCCCAUCAUGAAGGGAGAAAGACGAACUGUCCGGCGUCCUACGGCACCUUCGCAUCGUCCUCCAGCAUUACACCAUGAUUACGCAUCAGCCCUAGCAAUAACUCUGCCAGGGUAUUCCAGCUAGAAAAUUCAAUCGUCGUUGGGCCAUCACUGAACACCUGCCGCCAAUCCUCUAGCGUUUCCGUGUCCUGGUCUUGGAAUCCAAGAUAGCGAACCAUGAGCCUAGCUGCACGGGAGUCGCCUGGGUCGCU